UUUUCAUCAGCAAACUGACAGCUGCCGUGCUCCCUUUUGCACGGCCGUCUAACUAAUUGCGACCGUCAAUAUGACCGAGAACCAUCCGACCCUUUUGGCCGCAAUGGAGGGACAAGCACCUGGCUCGCAAGACACCUUAGUCACUUCCUCCUCGGAGCAAAGUGAGAAAGCUCUUGAGUGCGCUGAUCCUACACUUACCACCAUCCCUCCCGAGCUCCACGUUCACCUUUUCAAGUUUCUCGAUCCCAUUACCGCCACUUGCCUUGCUCUUACUUGCAAGAAGAUCUAUCAAGUCUAUCAAGCAGUUGAUCUUUCGGAUGGUAUCAAGCCAGUCCCCUUGCACAAGAUGCUCUCCGAAACGUACCAUUCCAAGCGACCCGGCGACUCCACAGUCAUUCGAUUGGGCGACUUGUUAUGCGUUUGGGCUGGGAAAGGCAGAGCCUUGGUUUAUUGGCCCAAUGGCAGAAAGUGGGUUUUGGCGGAAAAGGGUCAAGAAUUGAAGGAACAGGGACAAUUCUAUAUCCCAGUACGCGUUAUUGCAUGUUGCGGUCCUUGGUGAGGGAACCUGGCGGAAUGACGCGCUAAGUCACAUUGGUCGUUAUGGGCUUGGUACACACUCAGCGCUUUUAAGGACUGCUUAAGGAACGUAGGAGCAUAGCACUCUCGAGUUGGUGGCGCACAAUGCUCUUUAUGCAUUUGGAAGCAAAAUACGUAGUCUUUCCUGGGUAGGGGAAAUAACAAACGAUCUUCUUCACAACCAUGCAAGUA